CUAUUUUAAAACAAAAAUCGUGACUUGAUAUUGCAACAUACCUCAGUUGAUAAGAAUUGCCUAUAUAAAUCAGAGUAACCAGGAGUGUCCUCCAAUCAUGGCAAGAAUGUGUGUAAUCGUCUUCAGCGUGUAUUUGGCAGCUCUGUUUGGAUAUACCAGUGCCAACACGCAGAUAUGGGAAAUUGCAAGCUCAAAACUUGAUUCUACAACGUGGAGUGUGAAAAAUGACUGGAGAGGCGAUGGCGAUUACACAAACAAAUGGAAAUGCAAUCUUUUCGUUUAUGACGUGCUUCUUGAAGCCAAUGUCAAAGCACCAAAGAUAAAUCGUCGGGGACACAAUACCAUUGGUGCCAACGAAUGGGCUAACCCUCAGUCUGAGUAUGUCAAAGAGACUGGGUGCUAUGAAACAGUGUCGGACGCAUACAAACAGAAAGGCGACGUCAUAGCAUUUGGAAGGAGGAGUGGUACUAGUGGACACAUGGGGAUAGUUUCUAUCAAUGGUUCGUACAUCAGUGCUGGCGAGCACAAGGUUACAGAAACGUCCAUCAAUGGGUUUCUGCAAAGAAACACAAUAGUGCGGACAGCCAUCUGGAGAUAUUCUUGCUAAAUAUCUUUCUUUAUCUACGUCCUUUGAUGUCUUUGAAAUAGAAAUAAACAACUUAUAAGAAUGCA